AAAUUUUAUGAAUUUAUUACAGAACCCGAAAUUAAGAAAUAAAGGUCAAAGCUUCUCAAAGAAGGCGGGGAGUCGGGGAUUUUGCAGAAAACCCAUAUAUAAAUCAAACCAGAAACAAAAAAAAAAGAAUAAAUAAAAAACUUGCCUGCUGCCAUUCUUCUUCUGUAAGAAUCGUACUUUAAUCUGCUUUGACAGCGUCGCCUACUGGUUUUGAUUCCAUGGAUAUUGAUCCCGACGACAUUUUUCGCGACGACGAGGACCCAGAUAAUGAGUUCUAUCAGGAGAAAGAUGCUACAAAGGAGUUGCUGGUAUAUUUGGUCGAUGCUUCCCCCAAGAUGUUCUCCACCACUUGUACUUCAGAAGAAGAGAAGGAUGUCACUCACUUUCAAGUUGCUGUCCGCAGCAUUGCGCAAUCCCUGAAGACUCAAAUAAUCAAUAGGUCUUAUGAUGAAGUUGCGAUCUGCUUCUUUAAUACUAGCGAGAAGAAGAAUUUGCAGGAUUCGAAUGGUGUGUAUGUUUUUAAUGUUCCUGAACGUGAGGAUUUAGAUCGACCUACAGCUAGGCUUGUCAAAGAAUUUGACUGUAUAGAAGAAACAUUUAGUAAACGAAUUGGGAGUAAAUAUGGCAUCUUGUCUGCAAGUCGUGAUAAUUCUCUUUACAAUGCUCUUUGGGCUGCACAAGCUCUGUUACGAAAAGGGUCCGCAAAAACAGCUGACAAAAGGAUUCUAUUGUUUACGAAUGAAGAUGAUCCGUUUGGGAAUAUCAAGGGAGUGACGAAAAUGGAUAUGAUGAGAACAACACUACAGCGAGCCAAAGAUACUCAAGAUCUUGGCAUCUCAAUCGAACUCCUUCCCUUGAGUAGACCUGGUGAAGACUUCAAUAUAUCCACCUUUUAUGCUGAUUUACUUGGACUGGAAGGCAAUGAACUAGCUGAGUUUAAGGCCUUAGUAGAGGAGAGGCUUGGAGACAUGAAAGAUCAGCUAAGAAAGCGAAUGUUCAGAAAACGCAAAGUUAGAAGUAUUUACUUCAUCAUUGCUAGUGGCGUGACGAUUGUACUAAAUACCUAUGCUUUGGUGCGUCCAACUAAUCCAGGUGCUAUCACUUGGCUUGAUUCAGUCACCAAUCUUCCUAUAAAGGCUGAGAGGUCUUUCUUCUGUUCGGACACUGGUGCUUUGCUGCAGAAGCCUCCAAAACUUUUUCAGACUUAUAAGAAUGAGAAUAUCAUGUUCUCAGUUGAUGAACUUUCCGAAAUCAAGAGGGUUUCUACUGGACAUCUUCGUCUCCUAGGUUUCAAGAGCCUGAGUUGCUUAAAAGAUUAUCACAAUUUAAGGCCAGCUACCUUUGUUUUCCCAAGCGAUGAGGAAUUGGUCGGGAGUACUUGUACUUUCAUUGCUCUCCAUCGAUCCAUGUUGCGCCUGAAGCGCUUUGCUCUUGCAUUUUACGGGAGCCCCACAAAUCCUCAUUUGGUGGCUUUAGUUGCACAGGAUGAGAUAGUUAGCGCCAGUGGUCAGGUUGAGCCACCUGGAAUGCAUAUGAUAUAUCUCCCGUAUUCCGAUGAUAUCAGACCCAUUGAAGAGCUUCAUUCUGAUACGAAUCGAGCAACUGAAGACCAAAUAAAGAGUGCCUCUUCAUUAAUGAAGCGUGUCGAUCUGAAAAACUUUUCAGUUUGCCAAUUCGCAAACCCUGCAUUACAAAGACACUAUGCAGUGUUACAAGCUCUGGCGUUGGAUGAAGAUGAAAUGCCUGAUAUUAAGGAUGAAACGAUUCCGGAUGAAGAAGGCAUGGCCAGACCGGGUGUUGUGAAAGCAUUUGAAGAGUUCAAACUCUCCGUAUACGGAGAAAACUACGAACAAGAGAAUGAAUUGAUGGACACGGGGAAAACAAGCGAAGCGUCCAAGAAAAGGAAAGCAGUUGCUGAACAUGCAACGAAGGAGUACGCAAACUACGACUGGUCGGAUCUUGCCGACAAUGGAAAGUUGAAGGAGUUGACUGUGGCGGAACUUAAGAUCUACCUAUCCGUACACAACUUAACCGUCACUGGGAAAAAAGAAGCUCUGAUCAGUCGGAUUUUGACUCACAUGGGUAAAUAAAUUUCAUCGAGCGAUGUCGAACUUUUUUACCCGUUCUUCGUUAGGAGAAAGCUGUUUUGUAGUUAAAAAAGCUGCCUUCGGAACUUUUAAACUUAUGCGGCCCUUUUGAAAAUGAACAAACACGAUCGUAGUUGUGAACUAUAUAUAUUAGCUCAAUUUUGCAAACAUGAAGUGAAAUACUUCGUUAUCUUUUCGUUUU